AACAAGGUACUGAGGACAAGACUGUAGACAGUGAAGAUGAUUGGAUGCAGACCAGGGAACCUCAGUCUGCUUUAACUACAAAAAAUAACAAACAGCCUCUAAGUGAUAUGGAAUGUAAAACUCUUAAGAAGGCAUUUAGUUGCUCUGAGUGUGGUAAAAGAUUUAGAGUAAAGCGGGAUCUAACUGUACAUAUGAGUAUUCAUACAGGAGAGAAACCAUUUAGUUGCUCUGAGUGUGGUAAAAGAUUUAGAGUAAAGUGUGAUCUAACUUUACAUAUGAGGAUUCAUACAGGAGAGAAACCAUUUAGUUGCUCUGAGUGUGGUAAAAGAUUUAGAGUAAAGUGUGAUCUAACUUUACAUAUGAGGAUUCACACAGGAGAGAAACCGUUUAGUUGCUCCGAGUGUGGUAAAAGAUUUAGACAAAAAGGCCAUCUAACUGUACAUAUGAGUAUUCAUACAGGAGAGAAAGCAUUUAGUUGCUCUGAGUGUAGUAAAACAUUUAGAGUAAAGUGUGAUCUAACUGCACAUAUGAGGAUUCAUUCAGGAGAGAAACCGUUUAGUUGCUCUGAGUGCGGUAAAAGAUUUAGAAGAAAGUGGGAUCUAACUGCACAUAUGACGAUUCAUUCAGGAGAGAAACCGUUUAGUUGCUCUGAGUGUGGUAAAAGAUUUAGACAAAAAUGGUAUCUAACUGUACAUAUGAGGAGUCAUGCUGGAGAGAAACCAUUUUGUUGCUCCUAGUUUGGUAAAAUAUUUAGACUAAUGGGUUCUCUAACUACAUAUGAGUAGUCAUCCAGGAGAGAAUGCAUUUACUUGCUCUGUGUGG